UUCAAAACAUCAACACUCGACAGGCAUAGAUAUACACCUAAACUCCAUAAUUUUUCCCCGAGAGAAGAUCAUAUGGCGACCAUGGAUAUAAACCAUUGUGAGAUGCAGCGGCCAGAAGGGUAUCCAUCAGAUGAGCAAGACCUAGGUGAUAUGAGCUCCAUUGUAUCAGACAUGGAGAGGUCUCCAUUAUUUGGCGGAGAUAAUGAUUUGUCACUCCUGGAAAGGGGUCUUUACAGAAGAACUUACAGUGACAUGGGUGAUAAUCAUCAUAGAAUCCAGGAAAGCGCGAAGAGACUGGGGAAGUCAUUUGACCCAAGGGUGUUAGUUCUGCUAGAAUUUUUCGGGGAAUUCUACGUCAGAAGCCAGGAAUUGCUGAAGCAAAUAUUUCCAGGUCUCCGGAAUGAGUUUAUAGAGUUUUUCAAGAAAGUUGGCACGGUGUUGGCUAAAGUCAAAUCGAACCAAGUGAAGGUUAAAACCAUGCAGAGGAGUCUGAGUUUAGGCUCGCCGCUCAUGCCAUCCAAGAAGGAGGAUGAAUCAUCUUUGAGGCUCGAGAGAUUCAAGAUAAGGACUGUUAAUAUUGGAGAUGUUCAAGAAGGUGGCCAAAGUAGCCAGGGUGGCCAAGGUGGUCAGGGUGGAACCAAACCUGCUGGCUCCAAGUAGUACUUGAUUAAAUGAGAAAAAAUAUCUAAAUAUAUUCUUUUAUUCUUUCUAAACAUGCUCCUUCUAAGAGGGAAAAUGACAAUAUUCACAGUUUGAUUAAUUAGUCAA